AUGAUGAAGGUAGCCCUGGUCCUGCUGCUUGCUGCCUACGCUCACGGGUGCGGUACACCCACCUACGAGCCCUCUGUGAGCCGUGUUGUGAAUGGAGUCGAUGCUCGGCCCUACAGCUGGCCCUGGCAGAUCUCUCUGCAGUAUCUCAGCGGCUCCACGUACCGACACACCUGCGGAGGAACUCUGCUCGCUCCCAACUGGGUCAUGACUGCUGGACACUGUAUCAGUCCUCGUACCUACCGUGUGGUCAUGGGGGAGUAUGACCUCACCACAGAGGAGAGCUUUGAGCAGAUCAGAAGUGUGGAGAAGAUUGUGGUUCACCCCAACUGGAAUGACAACUGCUUGUCUUGUGGUAAUGACGUCGCCAUGAUCAAGCUGUCCUCACCUGUUACUCUGAACGACAAGGUGCAGCCCGCCUGUAUGCCACAGAGCGGAGAUAUCGUUCCUCACGAUGACCCCUGCUACAUCACCGGCUGGGGUCGAAUCUACAGUGGUGGUCCCAUUGCGUCUAAGCUCCAGCAGGCUCUCCUUCCUGUGGUCGGCAACAGCUUCUGCACCAGAAGCGACUGGUGGGGGAACUCUGUGAAACAGACCAUGAUCUGUGCUGGUGGUGACAUCCGCUCUGGCUGCCACGGGGAUUCAGGUGGCCCUCUGAACUGCAAGGGGAGUGAUGGCAGAUGGUACGUGCAGGGGGUGACCAGCUUUGUCUCCAGCCGAGGAUGCAACACCCUCAAGAAACCGACGGUGUUCACUCGCACUUCCUCCUUCACUCAGUGGAUCAGUGACACUAUGCUGCAGUACUGAAGACCUGGAG